CGCUGUGCCAGAAUACAUUACAGCUUUACCGUCCGGUUUUUUAAUACUUUAGGCUGACUAUUAAUUAUUGUGCUCAUGCAAAUACGGUGACAACACGUAAGUUAAAAUAAUGAAACGAUUUGAUUUGUUUUCAUUUUCAUAAUUGUUUCUAACACGUAUCACGGUUAGCGCGAGCCACUACAAUACGCUGCUACCCCUGGCAAAUAAGUUAGCUAGCUGUGCUGUUCGCUGCCCCAAAUAAAUGAAGCUGGCUUUGUAUGGAAGAAAGUGGCCAGCAUCGCUAACGGGGUUCAUGUUACGUCUCUCCAGAGAAAAUGAGGAACGUUAUUGUGCUGUCCCUGCUGCUGCCGCUGCUGCUGAAUAUACAUCAUGUCACAUCGGCACCCAAAGGUGUCACUGCCAGUCUUAGAGCAAAGUGGAGCAUGACGCCUUUCCUGUUGGAAACAAGUGAGUUUAUUGCAGAAGAUGGGAAUGAGAAAUUCUGGCAGUUUGUUGACACAGUGAAAGAGCUCACCGUGUACAAGCAAGGAGAGUCUGUGCGGUCGUACUACAACUUGAUCAUUAAGAAGGCUGGCCAGUUCCUCACAGAUCUUCAAGUUAAUCUCCUCAAAUUCGCUAUGUCCCUACGGUCGUACUCACCAGCUGUUCAUGCAUCCCAGCAGAUAGCCAGUGAUGAGCCUCCGCCUGAGGCGUGCCCUGCCUUUGUCUCCAUUCAUGGUCAGCAUAGCUGCAGCACCAAGGACAUCAAGAAGCUCCUGAAGGCAGCUGCAGGCAGGCCCAUACCACAUUUAUACAAGAAUGACCACACAUAUCCAGGAGUCAAUACCACAGAAGUGCCAGUGGUUAUCCUCUACGCUGAGAUUGGAACCAAGAAGUUCACCUUGUUUCACAAGGUGCUGUCGGAGAGGGCUGCAGAGGGAACGCUCGUAUACGUGCUGCGGCAUUUCGUAGUGAAUCCAAAGCCUCAAAAGAUGCUUUUAUCUGGGUACGCUGUUGAGCUGGCUAUCAAAAGCACUGAAUACAAAGCUGUGGAUGACACCAAAGUAAAAGAUUCACUUGUAAACGCAGAGGAUGAUAAUACAGAUGAAGUCCAAGGGUUCGUCUUUGGAACGUUAAAGAAAUCUCACCCUGAACUCCAGGAGAAUCUUGUCGAGCUUCGAAAACAUCUCCUGGAGAGUACCAACGACAUGGUUCCUCUCAAAGUGUGGGAAAUGCAAGAUCUGAGUGUCCAGGCAGCUGCCAGAAUCCUGUCCGUGCCAAAGUACGAUGCUCUGAAGCUCAUGCGAGACCUCAGUCAGAACUUCCCAAGCAAAGCCAGAUCACUGACAAGAGUGGCCGUAAAGCAGGAAAUGAGAAAAGAAAUUGAGGAGAACCAAAAGCGUCUUGGUGAGACCGUUGGUGUUCACCCGGGAGACGGGGAGCUCUUCAUCAACGGACUGCACAUUGAUCUGGACGUUCAUAACCCUUUCAGCAUUUUAGACAUCCUCAGAGGAGAGGCCAGGGUCCUGGAGGGGCUUCAUAACCUGGGCAUUAAAGGAGAACAUCAGGGCAAGCUGCUGAGGUUACCUGUGAACGCUGUGGAUGACAGUUAUGCCUUAGAUAUCAGAGAUCCAGCUAUAAUGUGGAUAAACGACAUAGAGAACGACCCUCCCUACCACAGCUGGCCGCGAGGCGUUCAGGAGCUCCUCAGAGCCACUUUUCCAGGAGUCAUCCGGCAGAUCAGACGCAAUUUCUUCAACCUGGUGCUGUUCCUAGAUCCGGUACGGGAAGAAAGUGUUGAGCUGGUGAAACUAUCAGAGCUUUUCUACAAGCAUAAGAUCCCACUGAGAAUUGGAUUUGUGUUUGUCGUCAACACCGAGGAUGAGAUUGAUGGCGCCUCAGAUGCAGGGGUUGGAUUUUACAGACUGCUGAACUACAUCGCAGACGAGUAUGAUUUAUCCCAGGCUCUGAUAUCCAUGGUCUCAUUGUACAACAAAGUAGAUGUCGGGGAGACGCUGUCCGUUGACACAAUCUCUGAUUACCUCAAGAGAAAAUUCCCUAAAACCGACGCUGAAAGGAUUCUCAGUGUAGAAUCUGAGUAUGAUGACAAAAGAAAGGAGGGUGCCUUGUUCUACAAAAGGAGUGGCCUCGGUGCCCUACCGUUGGCUUUAUUUAAUGGAGUCCCCUUGAGCCCCGACGAGAUGGAUCCAGAGGAGCUGGAGACCAUUAUCCUGCAGCGCAUCAUGGACACCACCAACGCCUUCCAGAGAGCUGUCUUUAUGGGUCAGUUGACUGAGGGCUCAGAUGUGGUGGACUAUCUAAUGGAGCAGGCCAACGUGGUUCCCAGGAUGAACCCUCUUAUUCUAAGCACUGACCGGAAAUACCUCGACUUCACUGCCAAGCCAGUUGUCGAUGAAUGGGAGGACACCACUAUGUUUUCAUACUACGACUCCAGAGACAAAACGGCAGUGGUGGCCAAGAGAAUGAAGUACUUUACAAAUAACGAUGAGGACGGGAUGAGUGCUGUGACCAUGUGGAUAGUCGGAGAUUUUGAGGAGAUCUCAGGAAGAAAACUGUUAUUAAAUGCUCUAAAACAUAUGAAGGCCAGCCCUGGAGUGCGAGUGGGGGUGAUAGAUAACCCCAGCGCAAAGCCCAGCGAAGAUAACAGCGUGCUGUACCGGGCUAUCUGGGCCUCUCUCCUCACCCAGAAGAACAAGGCUGCUGCAGAGUUUGUGCAACAACUUGUGAAAGACGAGAGCAGCCAGCUCCUCCAACAGGGGUCCAAGAUAAAGGACCUACUGACGCAGGGCAUGGACGUCGAUGCCUUCGAGAAGAAGUUCAACACAUUGGAAGUGGAUUUUAUUCGUAGUCAGCAGCUGUUUUGUCGAGACGUCCUGAAGCUGAGCCCAGGACAGGGAGCAGUGAUCAGCAACGGCAGAAUCCUCGGUCCAUUUGGAGAGCAGGAAGAAUUCACUGUGGAGGACUUCCAGUUGCUGCAGAAGAUUACUCUGAGUGGUUCUGCAGAGAAAGUCAAAGACAAAGUGAAAGUGAUGGGGCUGAAGCCAAGCAGUACCGCCAGCGACUUAGUCAUGAAAGUCGAUGCCCUCCUUACUGCAGCCCCCAAAGGAGAAGUCAGGAGGGAUGUCCAAUUCAUCAAAGACAGUCACAGUGUGCUCCAUCUCUCCCCGCGUGAACACGAGGUCUUCUAUGAUGUUGUGGCUAUUGUUGACCCCCUCACUAGGGAGGCACAGAAGAUGUCCCCGCUACUGAUUGUGCUCAGUCAAGUGGUCAAUGUGAGACUGCAGGUGUUUAUGAAUUGCAGGGACAAGUUGUCCGAGAUGCCCCUCAAGAGCUUUUACCGCUUUGUCUUGGAGUCUGAUGUGAAUUUCUUGGCCAACGACACAGUGUCUCCAGGACCAGUUGCCCGCUUCCUGGAUCUCCCAGAAUCCCCCCUCCUCACUCUCAAUAUGAUAACACCGGAGAGCUGGAUGGUGCAGGCUGUCCGCAGUCCCUACGACUUGGACAACAUCCUCCUGCAGGAGGUGAGCGGGAUGGUGACAGCAGAGUACGAGCUGGAGCACCUCUUGCUGGAGGGCCACUGCUUUGACUUGUCGACCGGCCAGCCCCCCCGCGGACUGCAGUUCACCCUGGGCACGAGUCGAGACCCCAUCAUGUAUGACACUAUUGUCAUGGCUAACCUGGGAUAUUUCCAGCUGAAAGCCAGUCCUGGUGCCUGGACCCUGAGAUUACGUCAAGGGAGAUCAGAGGAUAUUUAUCAGGUUCUCAUGCACGAUGGAACGGAUUCCCCUGCAGAUGCUGGUGAUGUCCUUGUUGUGCUGAACAGUUUCCACAGUAAGAUCAUCAAAGUCCGAGUACAGAAAAAGGCAGAGAAGAUCAAUGAAGAUCUUUUGAGUGAAAACAGUGAAAGUAAAGGCAUAUGGGACUCCAUAGCAAGUGUUUGGAGCACUUUUGAAAAAAGCAUCACAGGUGGCGGCUCCAAGAAGGAUGAGGGCGAAAAGCACAAGGAGGACGUUCUCAACAUAUUUUCUGUGGCCUCGGGACAUCUGUACGAGCGCUUUUUGAGAAUAAUGAUGCUGUCCGUCCUUCGACACACAAAAACACCUGUUAAGUUCUGGUUCCUCAAGAAUUACCUCUCACCGUCUUUCAAGGAAACCAUCUCUGAAAUGGCCGAGUCUCUUGGCUUCCAGUAUGAACUGGUGCAGUACAAGUGGCCCCGUUGGCUCCACCAGCAGACUGAGAAGCAGCGCAUUAUCUGGGGAUACAAAAUCCUCUUCCUGGAUGUCCUGUUCCCGCUGGCUGUGGACAAGAUCAUCUUUGUGGACGCUGAUCAGAUAGUUCGGGCUGAUCUGAAGGAGCUGAGGGAUUUCGACCUGCAGGGAGCUCCUUAUGGCUACACUCCGUUCUGUGACAGUCGCAAAGAGAUGGAAGGUUAUCGCUUCUGGAAAACCGGCUACUGGGCCUCACAUCUAGGACACAGGAAAUACCACAUCAGCGCGCUGUACGUGGUAGAUUUGAAGAAGUUCCGGAAGAUUGCCGCUGGGGACAGAUUACGAGGCCAGUACCAGGCCCUGAGCCAGGACCCCAACAGUCUGUCCAACCUGGACCAGGACCUUCCUAACAACAUGAUCCACCAAGUGGCCAUCAAGUCUCUCCCUCAGGAGUGGCUGUGGUGUGAGACGUGGUGCGAUGAAACCUCCAAAGUCUCCGCUAAGACCAUCGACCUGUGCAAUAACCCGAGGACCAAGGAGCCCAAGCUAACGGCCGCAGCUAGGAUCGUGCCAGAGUGGGUAGAAUAUGACAACGAGAUAAAACAGCUGCUGAGGCGGGUUCAGGGACAGGAGGACACACCAGCGCCAAAACACACUCCCUCUGCCUCACAACAUGAAAAAGACAACCAGCGUGAUGAACUUUAGUGCCUGCCAGCCCCGUCCUGGAGAGGGGGGGGGGGGGGGGGGGGCAGAACCUUUUUGCACGCAGCCCACCUGUGAAGCUUGACAGACAAUUCCAUGUAAACAUAGCCAUGGAGCGUUGCAUCCCCAGCAGGAUGUGAUAUUUUCAGAUGCCAUAUCUGCUACUGCAGUCUUACAAAAUGAACACAUAUUGUAAGUGUUAACUGCCGACUGGGAACUUACGGGGUGCUUUCAUCACUCAAAUAAGUUAUUUGUUAGGAUGUGGUUGCCAUGGUAAAUGAAGUUAACUAAGAAGGAACUUGACAAGAAAUUCCAUAAGUGAAACAUUAUUUGUGAUCCUGCCCCACCCUUCCAUCACUUUUGAUUAAUACCUGGCAUGUACUGUUAUCAAUUAUGUAAUCAUGCUGUCAAACAGAUAAAUAAAUCAACAAGCCACAAUAUCCUCAUAGCGGGGGUAAUGAUGAGAGGUCAGUCAAAGCACACUCUCAGGCGUAUGUUUGAAAAUAAAAACAAUAUUGCACUGAUAAUGUAUGCAAGAAUCAGACAGAGAGGGCACAUUUCUAAGACCCUUUUUGUUCUGUUUUUCUAUCAUGGAAAACUGUUUCACAAAGUUUAUGCAUUUGCGUAUCAAUUUGCCAAAACCAAAGUGGUGAUAGACAUAAAGCCAGUCUGUUUUUAAAUGUCCUUUCUUACUGUUAAAACUGUUACAUUAGUACUUGGGACUGUUCUUUAUUAGUGGGUGUCACUCUUAUUCUUGGUCAAGAGUAGGGGGACUGUCUUUUGUUUACCUCAAAUCUUUUUUAGUUUAGCCUUCCCUUGCAAGAUUCCUUAUACAGGUUAGUGAGUUAAUACUUAUUGAUCAUCUAUAGUAAGUAUAAUAUCAUUGUUCCACUCUCCUGUCCAGUUGCUCCUUUAUUAUAAAUCAUAUCAGAAAUCUGAAACAAAAGUCCAAUAUGUCUGAAUAUAUUACUAUGAACGUUAGGGCUGCACGGUAUUGAAAAAAACUGACAUCGCGAUUUCCCCCCCCCCCCCCCGCGGUAUAUUGCGGGUUU